UUGGUUUAACAUGUCAAACAAUUUAUUUGAAGCGUUCCUUCUAGUUUUUCUACUUGGCACACAGUCGACUUGGUGUGGUUUAGUGCCAAGGAUACAACAAGAUGCCUUUGAAUUAGAACCAACUUCCAUUGGCUAUAUGUUGAGAAUAACACAUGCAAACGGCUAUCGUAGUGAAGAUGUCAGGGAGCUUCAACCGGGAGAAGGAGUAUUGAUUACUGAGGGAACAAUUAAUCAGGAAUAUAAAGAAAACGAUGGCUACAAUGGCGUUUUAGUGGUGACCUAUCAGGCAGGACCAAAAGGAACCUUGGCCAAGUAUACCUAUAUAUCGGCCAACUAUAAGGGAUUAGUUAUUCCACCAAGUGUUCAAAGAUUACCAGCCUUAACAUUAAAAUCAUCUGCAGGUUGAUUUUGAAUAAAACAUUCCCUUAAUGAAUA